AUGUUCUCCUAAAAUCAACAAUAAAAUCAGUCACAGAGAAAUUACACCAAUAAACCAGAGGCAAAAAAAAUAUAAAAAAAAGACGAAUGAAAAUAAGGGAAAAAAUAUUCGCGAAACUUCCGGGUUGUGCAGCAAGUGUAAUCCAGUGCGUUUGAGGUCAAAGCGUGUGGAAAGUCAUUAAACGAUAAAUUGAUAAAUUAAAGUUGGAUUAAAAAUACACUUUUACGCGAGACCAUUGCGAUUAAUGAAUGAAUUGUGCAAAUAUAUUGCUUAUUAGCAAUUUAUUGGAAUUUCAUCAAUUGGACUUUCAUUCAUUAGUAGAAUUUAUCAGUUUUUACAAAAUAUCAUUUAUAGCGAUAUUGAUAAGUUCAUAAAUAUGGUAAUUAACGUCAUUUCUAAUGAUCUGUGCGACCAAGUGCAAUUUAAUGUUUAAAUAUCAUCCGAAACGAUUAUCGUGAAGGAAUGUCGAACUAAAAUACGAUUCAUAUUAUAAUUAUCUAAAGAAUAUUCAAUUCAAUUCGAAUAAUAUCGAAAUGGAAUCACACAAUACUUCGGAUGCUGAGGGAAAAGCUGGACCGUCAAAUCCAACAGGCUCCUCUUUAGACGAUGCGGUGGGAAAACUACUACAAGGAUACGACUGGACAUUGCUCCCGGUGACUGCAAGAGCCGGUGGACGAAGAAAUGCACACGUAAAGCGACCAAUGAAUGCUUUUAUGGUAUGGGCACAAGCUGCAAGACGAAGACUCGCUGAUCAAUAUCCACAACUUCACAAUGCUGAAUUAUCAAAAACUUUGGGACGAUUAUGGAGGAUUCUGAGUGAUGUGGAAAAGCAGCCUUUCAUAGACGAAGCUGAGCGAUUACGCAAUGCACACAAGCAACUUCAUCCUCACUAUAAGUAUCAGCCACGCAGAAGGAAACCAAAGCCAGAUGAUCAAGUAAGCAUUUUGACUCAUCGUAGUUCUUUGCCCCUCACAACAUUAGAAUCUGCCAGCUCAUCCAACUGCAGUUAUAGUCGACUCUAUUCUGAAAGUUCAAAAACAAAUCCCAGGUAUCAGCCUUACGAUAGAUCCAUCGUUUCAUACAAUGAUUCAACAUCAAAAUCAUAUCCCGAUGCAAUCAAAUGUCCAAUUGAUCAUUACAGUAAACCAUAUGAAUUGACGGAGAAAAAUUAUUCCGAUCCAAAAUAUUUGGAAUCAACGUCAAUAAAAUCACUUGAAAAUGGUGUUAAAUAUACAGAUGUCCAAUCAAAAACUUAUGAUCUCUCGAGAAAUUAUGAACUGCCAAAAUAUCCUGAAACAAAAACAUAUCCUGAGAAUUUAAAAUUUUCCGAAACAAUAACAACAGCAACUACCACCGCCACCACCAAACCCUAUGCUUAUGUUCACGGUCAAUAUUAUCCUGCACCUGAAGGCUAUCCUGUUCAUGAUGAAAGUGAUUAUCAACCACAAACGGUACCGACUCAUUCGUUUUAUCCUUAUAUUUCACCUUCAAUGACGCAACCACCUUAUUAUAUGGGUCCUCGAUGCUAAUUUUUUAUUUGCAUUUUCUGUGUACAGAGAAAAAUUCCUGUUUAGAAAAGAAAAAAAUAUUAUUUCUUCAAAAUUCAUUUAGACAAAUUUUAAAUAAUUUUUAUCAAUCUAAAAUUAUUUUUACAAUAUUUAAGAAUUCUUUUCAAAUUCUACUGUUAGAUUUUUUAUUUGUUAAUUUUAAUAUUUAAAUAUUAGAAUUUCCAUAUAUAUAUUUGUACGUCAUCAAAUUGCAUAAU